AUGCCGGUCAUGAAGGGGUUGCUGGCCCCUCAAAACACCUUUCUGGACACCAUCGCCACCCGCUUUGACGGCACGCCGCCAAUCACCGAGGCAACGGGCCCUGGGAUGGAAGAAGUAGGCUGUGCCCAGGACCCAGUGCUUCCUAGGCAUCCUAAGUGUCCCGAUCAGCCACCCCACCCUGGGACCAACGUGUUUGAGCCAAAGCCAUCAGUGCCUGAGUACAAGGUGGCCUCCGUGGGGGGCUCCCGCUGCCUCCUCCUCCACUACAGCAUCCCCAAGGCCAUCUGGGAUGGCCUCAUCCUCCUCGCCACGUUCUACGUCGCGGUCACCGUCCCCUACAACGUCUGCUUCUCUGGUGAUGACGACACCCCCAUCACUUCCCGACACACCCUUGUCAGUGACAUCGCUGUGGAGAUGCUCUUCAUCCUGGACAUCAUCCUGAACUUCCGCACCACCUAUGUGUCCCAGUCGGGCCAGGUGAUCUCUGCUCCUCGUUCCAUCGGCCUCCACUACCUGGCCACCUGGUUCUUCGUGGACCUUAUUGCUGCCUUGCCCUUUGACCUGCUGUAUGUCUUCAACAUCACCGUGACCUCGCUGGUACACCUGCUGAAAACAGUGCGGCUCCUGCGGUUGCUGCGGCUGCUGCAGAAGCUGGAGCGAUACUCGCAGUGCAGCGCGGUGGUGCUGACGCUGCUCAUGUCCGUCUUUGCUCUCCUUGCUCAUUGGAUGGCCUGCGUCUGGUAUGUCAUCGGGCGCCGGGAGAUGGAAGCUAAUGACCCGCUGCUCUGGGACAUUGGUUGGUUGCAUGAGCUGGGCAAGCGGCUGGAGGAGCCCUAUGUCAACGGCUCGGCAGGUGGACCGUCUCGGCGCAGUGCCUACAUCGCGGCGCUGUACUUCACGCUGAGCAGCCUCACCAGUGUGGGCUUUGGCAACGUGUGUGCCAACACUGAUGCCGAGAAGAUCUUCUCCAUCUGCACGAUGCUCAUAGGCGCGCUGAUGCACGCAGUAGUGUUUGGGAAUGUCACGGCCAUCAUCCAGCGCAUGUACUCCCGACGCUCGCUCUACCACAGCCGCAUGAAGGACCUCAAAGACUUCAUCAGAGUGCACCGGCUGCCCCGUCCACUCAAGCAGCGCAUGCUGGAGUACUUCCAGACUACGUGGGCUGUCAACAGCGGCAUCGAUGCCAACGAGUUACUGCGUGACUUCCCAGACGAGCUGCGGGCUGACAUUGCUAUGCACCUGAAUCGGGAGAUCCUGCAGCUGCCACUGUUUGGAGCAGCUAGCAGGGGUUGUCUGCGGGCCCUCUCCCUGCACAUCAAGGCCUCGUUUUGUGCUCCCGGGGAGUAUCUGUUACGCCGCGGGGACGCCCUCCAGGCUCACUACUAUGUCUGCUCUGGCUCGCUUGAGGUGCUCCGCGACAACAUGGUGCUGGCCAUCCUUGGGAAGGGGGACUUGAUUGGGGCAGACAUCCCUGAGUUGGGGCAGGAGCCUUGGCCAGGGGCAGGCCCCAGCUGCGUGUUGAAGACCAGCGCCGAUGUGAAAGCAUUGACUUACUGUGGCCUGCAGCAGCUGAGCAGCCGAGGUCUGGCUGAGGUCCUGCGACUGUAUCCGGAAUAUGGGGCUGCCUUCCGGGCUGGCCUACCCCGGGACCUAACCUUCAACCUGCGCCAAGGCUCCGAAAACAAUGGCCUCAGCCGCUUCUCUCGCUCUCCUCGCCUUUCCCAGACACGCUCCGACACUCUUGGUUCCUCCUCAGACAAGACUCUGCCCUCCAUCACAGAAACCGAGGGUGGCAUGGAGCCUGGGGCUGGUCCCAAGCCCCGUCGGCCCCUCCUGCUGCCCAACCUCAGUCCAGCACGACCUCGGGGGUCCCUGGUCAGCCUUUUGGGCGAGGAGCUGCCCCCAUUCUCAGCCCUUGUCUCCUCUCCUUCCCUUUCCCCGUCCCCUUCCCCUGCCCUGGCUGGCCGGGGCCAAAGUCCCUCCCUGCACAGCCCCCCCAGGGGCUCUGCUGCCUGGAAGCCCCCCCAGCUCCUCAUUCCCCCACUGGGAACAUUUGGACCUCCGGACCUCAGUCCCCGGAUCGUGGAUGGCAUUGAGGACUCCAGUAAAACGGCCGAGGCCCCUUCAUUCCGGUUCAGCAAUAGACAGGAACCCACCAGAACUCGCUCACAGGCUCCCUCUUCAGGCCCCAGGCCUAGCCGGGAACUGGCCACAGAGGCAGCAGAGGGGGUGAAGGAGAAGGUCUGCCGGCUGAACCAGGAGAUCUCCCGCCUCAAUCAGGAAGUGUCUCAGCUGAGCAGAGAGCUGCGACAAGUGAUGGGGCUCCUACAGGCCAGGCUGGGUCCCCCAAGUCACCCAUCUGACUCAGCUUGGCCCCCAGACCUUCCUUGCCCCCACCAGAGGCCACCAUGCAUCUCUCCUCACCUGUCUGGACCGCCACCGGGUCUCCAGGAUACUACACUCGCUGUGGUACACUGUCCAGCCAGUGUGGGCACCGUGGAGAUAGGGGCCACCCCCUCAGAGCUGAGACCUUCCACGAUGGCACCCUAUCCCUCAGAACCUGAACUUCUCGGACCCUCUGCAGUGACAGAGGCUUCUCCCCUGACCCCAAGCCUCAUGAGGCACAGCUUUCAGUCUGGGUCAGACACAUUCCACUGA